UGCCGGUUAUAAACAGGAGAGGAGGGCAAGUUGUAGCCAUUGCCAAUGUGUGGUUUACUGCUUGAAGUGGUGAUUUUUUUUUUAAAAAAGCUUAACUCGGAUUAGUUGUGAGGGGAAAGCUGUCAGUUGGUGAUCGGGCUCGGUAUCGGUAUCAGGAUGAACUGGUGAGAGGGAGUUAGCCGGCCGGGGCUCGGGGGUGGCAGGAAGGGGCUUGUCCCAGUCUGGCCAGAGAGAGGAUCCGCUAGACACAACCCCAGCCCAGCCCGCACUUUAAUUACCUCAUGGUAAGCUAUAUUCCGGAAUUCACUCAGAAAGCGACUUACUCUAAAAGAAGGAAAUCAAAAUCUUCCUUGAGAAAUUUCCGGUGGCGGCCGGCAGGUUGUUUCCAAUGUCAAGGCAGAACACCUGCCCACAAAGCUGCCUUUCAGUGUGAGACACUGCGGGUGGUCAGCGGCUUCCACGCACUCUCAGCACGGCUGGGCUUCCUUGAAAUCCCGGGGGUCCUCACAGGUCUGAUUAAAGGCACAGGCUUGCCUCUCCCCGCCAAAUCCUCCUCUGGUCUUUCAUACCGCAGUCAGAAAGAUCCCUUGACUUCUCCACCUGCCUAUACUGGGUGCUACGUUUAGUUUGCAACCGUUUCCAAGAUGUCUUCUGCAUCUAUUGAUAAGGUAAACCUGCGUCUUAUUCUCGUUAGUGGGAAGACACAGGAGUUUAUGUUUUCACCGAAUGAUUCUGCUGCAGAUAUUGCCAAACAUGUCUAUGAAAACUGGCCUAUGGACUGGGAUGAAGAACAGGUUAGUAGCCCCAACAUUCUUCGGCUCAUUUACCAAGGAAGAUUUUUACAUGGAAAUGUCACCUUGGGGGCUCUGAAGCUUCCUCCUGGAAGGAUGACAGUGAUGCACUUGGUUGCCAGAGAGACAUUACCAGAACCUAAUUCGCAAGGUCAAAGAAAUCGGGAGAAGACAGGAGAGAGCAAUUGUUGUAUGAUUUUGUGAGAACUGCUUGCCUUGUACGAAGCAGCUACAAAUCAAAAGAAGACUUUUUUUAGGAACUUACAAGAAUUGUCCCAGAGUCUUCCCACUCGAUUGGUAUGCAGCUGACACGUGACAUGUUAUCACUUACUAACUUCACCAACCUGUGGAAUUCCACUGUGACAUUGCAUUAAGAAUUUAUAUCCUGCCAAGGCAGAAUUGCCUGGGAAGAACUUAUCUACAUCUGAUCUCAUCUGUACAAAGCAAAAGAAAUAUUCCUGCUGUGGAGAAGCAGCAGUUACAUUGGAGCCAAACCUUUCCAUUGUGAUCUUAUUUAUUUUUUCUAACACUUAACUUUUUUUUUCUGAACUGUAAUUUGGGUUUCUCCAAUUUUCUUUCCUUCCCUUCUGGAAGUAUUACUUUCUUGUUGGACACAGCUCCAUGUGCAUCAGCCACUCUCUGGUGCCUUGUCCAAGAGACUUAAUUAUGUGUAGGUCUUGACACUAAAUAUCAACAGACUAUUUGACCACUGGAGCAUCACAGCUGAGCCUGAUCCUGUUCUCAUCUGAUAUCUGAUCAUGCACUUUACAGAAAAAUUUCUAAUGAUCAGUAGAGGUAACCUUGGCUGACAAUUUUCUUUGUUAAUCGGGGCAUUGAGGCCAUUUUUGAAUCCCUACUGGUGCUUUAGGUUGAGACUUCUAUGAUCUGUACAUGCAUUAAGGAUAUUUCCAUAGCCUUUUUUAAAGAGUGGGGGCAGCGGGGGGAGGGGUGGGUGUGAUUUGAUUUUCUGCAAUAGUCACCUUGAUUGGAGAAUGUGGGACACCCUUGCUGUCAAUUUAAGCCCUUGUGAAAAUGUCCUUCAGCAGACAUUGCACCUGUUUAAGCAUGUGCUUUUGUAAUGGGUCGUUUUUUUUUAAAAAAAGUUUGAGCACUGUGGGGUAAUGUCCAGCCUUUUUAUUAAGUGUCUAGUUGACACUUUUACCAGACACAGUGAAGAAGGAGUUUGUACUUUGGAAUCAGUCUACCUAUCAUGUGAAGAUGUUUCAGGAUGUUUCACGUGAGGUUUUGUUGUUGAGGGCUAAGAAAAGUUGCAUUUCUAGUCUAUAAUUUGCAUGACUGAGGUUCCCAAAAAAAAAGCUACUCUUAAUUAGUUCAAUUGAAUGAAACUGCUGCUAUUUUACCUGUCCUUCCCUUCCCUCUCCUGCACAACACUUUGGGUCAAAAGCUUAAAUGUGUUUGAACCUGCGUCACAGCAUUCCAGACAAAUUUGAUGAACCAUCUUACUACUUCAGGCUCUUAAUACAUUUAUUUUCUAUCUGCUUAAUAUUGAAGAAGUUUUUAUUUAGUCACCUUUCAAAGUAUUGUUGUACUAAAUAUUGGCCGAGCCUGGUCCAUGCUGCUGGGCAACAUAAACCUAAUUUUGUGCAACCUGCACCACACAAACGGGUAUUUCAUUCGGAUUCCCGUCUCUUCCACCUUCAAUUAAUGUGGCUGAUUCUACCUCAAGUUCAUUUCCAUACCUUCUAUCCAUUCCUUAAUUUUCUGUAUAGACAAGGAUAUUAUCAAUCUUGUUCUUGAAAAUUUCAAUUGAUCCAGCACCUAAAGCCUUUUGGGAAAAUAAUUCCAGAUUUCCACUAUAUUUUGUGUGGAAGUAGUGCUUCCUGAUUUUAAAUAGUUUAACUUGUUCUGCCACCUUACCCUUCACCAAAGGGAAUAGCUUGUCUGUACCUACCCUAUCAAACUUCCAGUUUUUAAACCGCUCGAUUAGAUCACCUCUUGUCCUUCUAAACUCAUAAGAGUAAAAGCCAAAUGUGGUCUCAGUUUAACUCUUUAUAAAGUCCUGGUAUUAUUUUGGUGAAUAUGUGCUGAACCCUUGCAAGACCAAAAUAUCUUUCCUGCGGAUCAGUGUGCAGAAUAAUAUUUCAGAUGGGGUCUGACCAAGUCUCUGUACAACUGAAGCUUAAUUUUUUAUUUGUUCUUGGCAUAUAAACAUUGCUUGCAAGGCCAGCAUUUAUUGCCCAUCUUUGAUUGCCGUUGAGAUGGUGCUGGUGAGCUGCCUCCCUUG